CAGUGGUGAAUGUGUUGGCUACAUUGCGUUGCACGGAUGCUAUGCGUGCUGUGUGUGGACCCAGCUAUCUCUAUCGACUCUAGCAGCGGUGUCCCAUCAACAGCUUAAAAACUGCACCGUCCGGCGGGAACCGGCUGAGCUAGCCCACCCGGCGCAUGGACGGUCCAGCACAAUGGCAGAGGAUUUGGGGGUGCCUCUGUAUAUCAACAACAGGUCGCAUGGAUAAUCCCUCCCCAACCCUUCCGUAUCAUCUCGUGUUUUGGGAUGAUCAGAGCGCCGCUGUCGGCUUGAUGUGGCAGGAGAGCCGUGCUGUGGCAGUGGACUAAGAGGAAAACGGCGUGGAGCAGGUGUGGCUGGGGGGCUGGCAGCAGGAUGGAAAUAGGUGCCUGUUUUCGUUACUAUUUCCAGCACCCAUGGUCGCGUCUCCUCGUGGCCUACCUUGUCACCUUCUUUAACUUCCUCAUCUUCGCAGAGGACCCCAUCUCUCACAGUCAGACAGAGGCCCAUAUGAUUGUGGUGGGUAACUGCUUCUCCUUCCUGUUCAACAAGUACCCAGGCCUAGGAUGGAACAUCCUGAAAGUAAUAUGCUGGAUACUGGCCAUUAUCACUGGAAUGUUAGCCGGGAAGUUUAUAUUCCACCGCCAGCUCUUUGGUCGAUACCUGCGGCUGAAAAUGUUCCGCGAGGAUCAUGGCUCCUGGAUGACCAUGUUCUUCAGCGCCAUCCUCUUCCUCUUCAUCUUCUCACACAUCUACAACCUUUUCCUGCUGAUGGCUGGGAGCAUGGAGCCUCACAUGGUGACGGAGUACAUGGGCAUCAGGAAUGAGAGCUUUAUGAAGAUUGCUGCAGUGGGGACGUGGAUGGGAGACUUUGUCACUGCAUGGAUGGUGACUGAUAUGAUGCUCCAGGAUCAGCACUACCCAGACUGGGGCAAAACAGCCAGAAGGUUCUGGAAACAAGGCAACAACAGGAUUGUUCUCUUCUGGACAGUGCUCAUCUCUCUGACGUCGGUGGUCGUUCUGAUCAUCAGUACCGACUGGAUCAGCUGGGACAACCUGAACCGAGGCUUCCUGCCCAGCGACGAGGUCUCCAGAGCCUUCCUGGCCUCCUUCAUCUUGGUCUUCGACCUUCUCAUUGUCAUGCAGGACUGGGAGUUCCCUCAAUUCAUGGGUGACCUGGAUAUGAAUCUACCAGGAAUGUCAACAACGCAUGUGAAGGUCAAGCUUCCUGUCUGCAAGAGUAUCUUUAAAGAGGAGUACCACAUUCAUAUCACAGGUAAGUGGUUCAACUACGGUAUCAUCUUCCUCGUGCUGAUAUUGGACCUGAACAUGUGGAAGAACCAGAUCUUCUACAAGCCCUACGAGUACGGUCAGUAUGUUGGGCCUGGUGAGAAGAUCUUCACAGUGGAGGAGCCAGAAACACUCAGCUUCUUCAACCACAGCACACUCACCUACAAGUGGCGCUCCACCAACAUCAAUCCCGACAGCAACUUAACCUACGUGGAGCGGGACAUGUUCCUCCAUAGCCGCUACACUGGAGCCAGCCUGGACAUCAAGUGCCUGGCCUUCAUCCCAAGCCUGGCGGCGUUUGUCCUCUUCGGAUUCUUCAUUUGGUUUUUUGGGCGAUUUCAGGAGAGCGAGACCUUCACGGAAAACCAAGACAAGACAUAUGAGAGGAUAAAGAGAAAGUCGCCGUCGGAGUACAGCAAGGAGAUGGGUGUGACGCCAGAGGAGGUGCACAUGACCAUGAGUGACGGUCUGAAACGAACGGGAAUGCCCAUGCUUCUCUCGGUGGACGGGCCACACUUUGGAGCGACGUCCUCUACGAACUCGACGAUUUCCAUGGAAACCCAAGAGACCCAUCCAAGCAUUGUGAUUGACAGCGCUGAGGAACCAGCAGUCUCUUUUGAUGUCCACAAGCUCUCUCCAUAACGGUAUGAACUUGUGAAACAUUGAACUAUAUAACUGCGGACUGGUUAAAAAUGAGAGCUCAAAAUGCAUUUCAUCAAGAUCUUAAAUCGACGUUUUUCGUUGGAUAACGCCAAGCUGCAACAGAAGUUGACCACAACUGUACAUGAGACUCAGGAGAAGGACAGAGCUAUGCUACAUAAUCACCAAAGCCAAUCCUGAUGGCUAUUGCAGUUGCAUUUGUUUGAAUAUAUUUUUGUAAAACUAUCUUUUUAAAAGCCUCUAAAAUGGCACAAAUUCUGAUAACAAACCCAUCUUUUAGAACAGAAUGCAAACUUUUAAUUCACAUGGUGCUCGCUCGGAUUUUGCAUUUUCAUAAUUAAAUUUUGUCACGGGAAACUAUUUUGGUGCCUAUAUCAGAGGAGUAUUUCUACAGUCGUGAAACUGCAGUCAGGUGGAUUUUAUUGUAUCACACCAGUGUUGCAGCUACACUAGUGCCUUUAUAUUUCAUAUCUUCAGAUACAGACAGAAACAUAUUUAGUCCAUACAGGCAACAAAAUGUAAGAUGUCCUAGUUCCGGUCUGCUUUAUUAAUGUCUUAUAUAUGCUUUCAUAUACAGACAAUUGUUACCUCAUUAGAUCCUAAGACUUCUUUUUUUUUUUUUUCAUGUGAGGUCACUCUUACUCUCACUUCUUGUUGAAAUUACAUAAUUAUGAACAUCAAUGUACUUUGAAGACCUAUUCAUAUCCCUUCACUUGAUAUUAGUUGCAGAGAUAAUACAUAAUAAGAUCAAAUAUCCAACCAACUAGCCACCUCAUGAUUGCUUAUGUUGCUGCUGCACCUGGACUGAAUACCAAAAGACUCAGAAAGGUGGUUUUGCCCUUGGCAUAAACAUGUCAUUGAAGUGCAGGGGAGGCUUCUGCUCCAAAGCUCAGGGCUUCUUUAUGUCUAGAUAAACCUUCAAAGUUUUAGAAGCAGCAUGGUAAAUGCAUGAAAAUGUAUUUAUUUAUUUAUUUGACACAUUAUCCUAGUGUAAAAAAAGAAUCCCUGACAUUUAACUGCAACUGAAACCUGCAGUAUGUAUCUUUACACUGGCUUUGAAAGUGUUCACUGCCUUUUUAAAUAUGUUCCUUUGCUACGAAGUCUCUUUAAAAUACAUAUAUAUUUGGUGUUUGUGGUCCAAAACAGUAUGCCCUUCAGUUGUUUUCUGUAAAGUGCAAAUACUAACUCAAUUAUUACAACAUUACUAACAGUAUUGCUUUAUAUAAGUUUGGCACAUUUCAGUAAGUACUUUGCAUCUAAAUGUGACCAAAGAUACCAAAUAAUUCAGUAUUGAACAAAUAGUGCUGCAUAAGAUGAUAUGCUAAUUCAAAAGAUCUAUUCAUGAUAGACGGAGUGGAAUGAUAUUAUGUGCUCUUGCAUCACUCUGCAUUAUAAUGGACUGCAAUGUGCUAUACUGUCCUGGAAAAAUGAUUUUGAAAAAACAGGGAAAAUCCAGAUCCUUUGCUCCCUAACAACCCAAUCGUGACAGAGUUUUGUUCAACAUUAUUAUAAGUAAUGUAGCCCGGGGUUUUGCAGUAUUAAAUUAUAAUCAAUUAAUAAAUUGCUAGCAUUUAUAUAUUUAUAAAUUAAAGUACAAAAAUAAUGAUUAAAAUAUCAUUACAUUUGCCAAUUAAUGAUUCAAUUUGCAUUAUUCUGUCUUUAAAUGAUAAAUUAAAGUAUGUAGUCACAAAAUGUAUUUAUAAAUUUGUCAAAAAAUGACAUUGUAUUCCAUUUACUUGUGUGUCUCCCUAUCAUAAUGCAUCUCACAAUUCAUGUGUCUGCUGCUUUAACAUUUACAGUUUUCAUUUCAGAAUUGCUUGAAUUUAAAGACAUCUCUCUAUAUCUUUAGGAUGUGUAAACACAUCUUAAAGUGGAAUCUAAUCCAGACAGAACUCUGAUUGCCCAGCUGCUACAGUAGGUAUUGGCCAAUCAGAGCUUCUGCUGCUGCUCCGAGGGGUUGGAUUUCAUUCUUACAUGUCUUAGUCAAAUAGUUUAUUCAUACACCAUUUAAAUUAACCUCUAAUUAAUUGAUUAAUAAUCAAUUCAUAAUAGUUUGUAUGUAUUAAUUGAUUAUAUAUAACACUACCCGAGUACUUAAUAAUUAUUCCAGUGGCGCACUCCAGGCUCCUUAAAGGAAUUCCGUGUGUGUGUGUGUGUGUGUGUGUGUGUGUGUGUGUGUGUAUGUAUGUAUGUACAGUACAUUGUGGAGUCAGAGGUGUCUAUUUGUGUCAAUAAAUUGUGUCAGUUUUAUACUUAAUAGUGCAUGUUGUGUGUGAAUGUGUGCUUGUGUGCACUGGAGGCUUGUAAAGUGUGUAAGUGUUUGCUACACUUGUUUUUGACAAAGGCCAUUCUGUGAAGAGGUCAAUUAAUUUAGCAUAAUUGGUUUGCAGCUCUUGGUUUUGUAAUGAUCCUUUUAUACAUUACAGCUCUAUGAGGACAUUAGAUAUUAGUGUCUCACCAAAGGGCAGAACCUCUCUGGACUUGGAGGGGUCUAAUCUGUUUGUAAUGUAUUGUGUUUAAUGUGAAGUGAAGGUUUCCUCUUUGUUAUUACAAUUUUUUCAUUGUAUUGUGUUGCAAAACUGACACUUCCUUCAGUUCCUGUGUGUUUGUGCUUUUUUUCUUAAAGCAGAGGAAAUCUCCUUUCGGUGUUUGCUCAGUGUACUGUACAUCUGUUGAACCUUGUGUUACCAAUAAAUUAAUACAUUUGUUAUCUA